UUAUGCUUAAAAUCUUUGAUAAAACGAAAACAAUAAUAUUUUCAUGGGGAAAAAUGCUUAAUUAAAAGUGAACAUUAGUAUGAAAGUUUUCUUCUAGAAAUGUGCGCUUCAAAUGCCUCAAUUAAAAUGAAGCGAGAGUUUAAAAUCAAGUGGAGAAUGCUUGGUGAAAUUGUAAUUGGAUUUUCAAACUGCGUUGACUCACGCUCUGCAUUAUAUUAAUUAUAACGUCAGUUGCCAUGGUUUUAUUAUAGACAUCUGGAUUGAAUGAUUUUUUAUUAAAAAUGACUGACAACGAAAAUAAUGACAGUCACGUUUUAACUUCGUAUAAUGAUGUAAAAAUAGUGGAACGAAAUAAUAUUAAAAGUGAAGUAGACAAAAAUUUAAUGAACGUUAAAGUUUAUAAAAAACGAUGGUUUAUAUUAUUCAUCUUCUGUCUAAGUUGUGGGAUAAAUUAUAUCUCAUAUGCACAGUAUUCUAUUAUAACGAACAUCGUAACAAGGUACUAUGGCGUAUCAACAACGGCGGUUGAAUGGACAAUGAUGAUUUAUUUGCUUAUUUAUAUACCUCUAGUAAUACCAGCAACGAAUUUUUUUGAAAAAAUAGGAUUAAAAUGGUCCAUGAUAUUGAGCAUCGGUUGCGUUACUAUUGGAUCAUGGAUCAAAGCAUUCUCAGUGGCACCUGAUAGAUUUCAUAUUGCAUUUAUUGGCCAAUUUAUUAGCGCAACAAUGAUGGUAUUUUAUGCUUCUGCACCAACUCGUGUUGCGGCAAAUUGGUUUCCUUCCGACCAAGUAUCGACGGCAACCUCUCUUGGCAUUUUUGGCAGCUUAUUAGGCAUUGCCUUAGGUUUCUAUAUUCCUCCAAUUGUCAUUAAAAAUCAUGAAAAUUUGGACAAAAUAGGAGAAGAAAUGCAACUUCUUAAUUAUAUUUAUUCAGGCAUAACAACAGUGACGGCUGUCUUCGUAAUUGUUUUUUUCAAAGAAGAGCCAGAGCUACCUCCAAGUGCUGCACAAGCACUUUUAAAGGUCAAUCGAAUCGAAAACCAGGAUAGUUUCAUUGCACCAUUGAAAAGACUUUUCACGAACAAGUAUUUUCUACUUUUAUUCAAUUCACAUGGUUUGAAUGUUGGUGUUUAUAACGCCACUGCAACAUUGCUCAAUCAAUUCUACAUCACGCACUUUCCUAAUGGAGAGGAGGAAGCAGGACAAAUUGGUUUACUUAUUAUCCUCACUGGAAUGCUGGGAGCUGUGUGUUUUGGGCUUUUGGUAGAUAAAACCCAUAGAUACAAAUCGGUUGCCAUUGUUGCCUACUUCUUGAGUUUAUUGGCACAAAUUCUAUUCGCAAUAGCACUGAAUGUCGAAGUCAAGUGGUUAGUUUUUGCAUCAGGAAUAUUUUUGGGAUUCAGUUUGUCAGGUUACUAUGCAUUAGGAUAUGAAUUAUGUGUGGAAUAUACAUAUCCGGAAUCAGAAUUCAUGACCGUUGGAAUUCUAAUUGUAUCGUCCGAUAUAUAUGGCAUUCUUUUGGUGACAAUUCUUGGUGAACUGUGGACCGUUUAUGGAGAAAUUGUCGCACACAUUGGUCUUUGUUCUGCUCUAGUGAUUGGCUUUAUUAUCACAAUUUUCACAAAGGACGAACAACGUCGUGAGAAUGCGAGAAAAUCAACUUUAUACACAAAUGUAUCAACGAGGGAAGAAAUUAUAAAUAAACAAAAUUCUAACAUUUAGACAAGUCGAUUUUUGUGAUAGAAAUAAAUUUAUUUCUAUAUUUUUUUUUAUUACGAUUUUAUUGUAUUUGAUUUCAAUUUUGUUAUGUUAUUAAAAUUAAAUUCCGUUAUUAAAACUUUAUUGUU